AUGUUCUUCAUUAUCAAAAAAGGGGGACCAGUCCGUCUGCCGUACAGGCUGAUAGACGGACGGAGUGGCCGCCGGCAGCUGCAGGAAGAAGCGACGCCAUCUCUUCAUCCAGUCAGCCAGCCAGCCGGCCAGUGCAGGCAGGCUGACAAUGAUUUCCUCAGUGAUUACGUACAGAGCGAGUCCCUGCGGGGUAGGGGCCCCCUCUGGAGCCAUCCUGAUGGCUUUGGGGGCCUUGCUUCCAUUUUCCAUUAUUAUGUGGACUACCGGAGCGACAGCGCAGUCCAAGACCUUGCAGAAGACAAUGUGACAGAGGAGCAGCAGCAGCACAGUCCCGGGCACACCGCCAUUCCGAGCGAUCCAGAGUGCGCCCCCGAGAGGGCGUCGGAGGACGCGGAGAGCGGGCGUCUGAGGAAGAAGAGGCUGCUCUCUCCCGAGGAGGUCGAGGAGGGAGAGGAGGACGACGAGGAGCCGGCGCUGCACAGCUGCGACAGCUGCCGGCAGGUGUUCGAGUCGCUGAGCGAUCUCACCGAACACAAGAUUAAUCAAUGCCAGCUGACAGACGGUGCAGACAUUGAGGACGACCCAUCAUGUUCUUGGCCAGCCUCAUCUCCCUCCAGUAAGGAUCAAACAUCUCCGGGACAGUGUGAAGACUAUGAUUUUGGAGAGGAUGAAGGGGGACCAGGCCUGCCAUACCCGUGCCAAUUCUGCAACAAGUCGUUCAGCCGCCUGAGCUUCCUAAAACGGCACGAGCAAAGCCACGGCGACAAGCUUCCGUUUAGCUGUACCUUCUGCAGCCGUCUGUUCAAGCACAAGCGCAGCCGCGAUCGACACGUCAAGCUGCACACUGGUGACAAGAAGUACCACUGUGGCGAAUGUGACUCAGCCUUCUCCCGCAGUGAUCACCUGAAAAUCCACAUGAAAACUCACGCCUCCAACAAACCCCACAAGUGCCCCGUCUGCCGCCGAGGCUUCCUCUCGUCAAGUUCACUGCAUGGCCACAUGCAAGUGCAUGAUAGGGGCAAAGAGGGCGGCGGCUCGAGCCUCUGUCGAGUUGAUGACUGGAAACUGAAAGAGACGCGUAAGUGCAGCCGUUGUGAGGAAGGCUUUGAUGUCCCAGAAGAUCUUCAACGGCACAUUGCUGAGUGCCACCCUGAGUGCUCCCCAUCAGAGGAUGGAGGCUUGGGUGCCACCCUUCAGUGCAUCUAUUGCCACGAGCCCUUCGGUGAUGAGGGAACCCUGCUGACUCAUAUCGAUCAGGCUCACAGCCGUGACCGGAAGAGCCACUCCUGUGCUAUAUGCUCUGAGCACUUUUUGUCUGUUGAAGACCUUUAUGCUCAUAUGGACAUCCAUCAACUCCCUGAAUCUAGCAACCAUAGUAACAGCCCUUCUUUGCUAACUGUAGGAUACACCUCUGUCUCAAGCACCACUCCAGACUCAAACCUCUCUGUUGACAGCUCAACAAUGGUAGAAACAGCGCCGCCUGUCCCCAAAACACGGGGCCGGAGGAAGCGGGCUGCUCAUAACGCAUCAGAGACAGGGGGAAGGGCGGCCAAACAGCCAAAGGUUUCUUACAGUUGCAUGUACUGCAACAAGCAAGUGUUCUCUAGUUUGGCUGUUCUUCAAAUUCACCUGCGGACCAUGCACCUGGACAAGCCGGAGCAGGCGCACACAUGCCAAUUUUGCUUGGAGGUCCUGCCGUCAUUGAUAAAUCUAAAUGAACAUCUAAAGCAGGUACACAAUGCUGAAAGCCAUCCAGCCCUGCUAGCUGGCUUGCCGGACUCCCUCCUUCAGUGCAACUUCUGCCCCGAGAUACUGAGUGAUCUCAAUGCCCUGCAGGAACAUAUCCGCUGUUCUCAUGGCUUUCCAAGUCCCGUGGCCAAAGAGAGCAAUGCCUUCUUUUGUCCCCAAUGCUUCAUGGGCUUCUUGACAGAGACGACCUUGGAAGAGCAUGUUCGUCAGACUCAUUGUGACGGGGGUAGCCUGCGUUUUGACUCUCCUUUGGCUGUCACUCCCAAGGAGCCUAUUGUAGAGGUAUACUCUUGUUCAUACUGCACUAAUUCACCCAUAUUCAACAGUGUUCUGAAGCUCAAUAAGCACAUCAAAGAGAACCACAAGAAUAUUCCUCUUGCACUCAACUACAUCAACAAUGGAAAGAAGACAUUGCACUCCCUCAGCCCAUCGUCUCCAAUAACCGUAGAGCAAGCAAGCAUGCUCAAACAGGGUGGCUCAGCCACACGUUCUACUAGUGAAUUCAUAUGUAACCAGUGUGGGGCCAAGUAUACCAACUUAGAUCUUUUUCAGACUCACCUAAAGACACACCUGGAUGGCCUGCAGCCUCAACUCACCUGCCCUCAGUGCAACAAAGAGUUCCCAAAUCAGGAGUCUCUGCUGAAGCAUGUCACCAUUCACUUCACAAUCACCUCCACGUACUACAUCUGUGAGAGCUGUGACAAACAGUUCACAUCUGUGGAUGACCUGCAGAAGCACUUGCUGGACAUGCAUACCUUUGUGUUCUUUCGGUGCACAUUGUGUCAAGAGGUGUUUGACUCAAAGGUGUCAACCCAGCUCCACUUAGCUGUAAAACAUAGCAAUGAGAAGAAGGUGUACCGCUGCACCUCCUGCAACUGGGACUUCAGGCACGAGACAGAUCUGCAGUUACAUGUCAAACACAGCCACCUGGAAAACCAAGGCCGCGCCCACCGUUGCAUCUUCUGUGGGGAGUCAUUUGGGACGGAGGUGGAGCUGCAGUGCCACAUCACCACCCACAGUAAGAAGUACAACUGCCGCUUCUGCAGCAAGGCUUUCCAUGCGAUUGUGCUUUUGGAAAAACAUUUGCGGGAGAAACAUUGUGUGUUUGAGGGAAAAGCUCAGAACUGUGGUGCUAACGGCUCUGCUGUAAGUGGGGUGGACGGUCAUCCGAAAGAUGAAGCAGAGUUGCAAGGCCUUCUAACUAACAGCCAUGGGACAGGGACCACAGGAGGAUCUGUAGUGGAGUCCCAGAACAGCCACGAUGGAAGCGAGGAAGAGGUAGAGACUGCCGAGCCCAUGUAUAGUUGUGACAUUUGCGGGGCUUCGUACACAAUGGAAUCUCUUCUCACAAACCACCAGCUGAGGGACCACAACAUUCGCCCAGGCGAGAGCGCCAUGAUGAAAAGGAAAGCUGAAAUGAUCAAAGGAAACCACAAGUGCAACGUAUGCUCUCGCACCUUCUUUUCUGAGGCUGGGCUAAGGGAACAUAUGCAGACGCACCUUGGGCCAGUCAAGCACUAUAUGUGUCCAAUCUGCGGGGAGCGUUUCCCCUCUCUGCUCACCCUGACCGAACACAAGGUCACCCACAGCAAAAGUCUGGAUACAGGCAGCUGCCGCAUAUGUAAGAUGCCUCUCCAUAGUGAGGAGGACUUCCUAGAGCACUGUCAGAUGCACCCCGACCUAAGGAAUUCACUGACGGGUUUCCGGUGCGUCGUGUGCAUGCAAACGGUCACCUCUACAUUGGAACUCAAGAUUCACGGUACCUUUCACAUGCAAAAAACAGGGACAAUGUCUGCCAGCCAAUCCAUUGGUCGCGGCAAUGCCGUAUCUCACAACCAGCAGCUCCAUAAUGUCCAAAAACCAUUUAAGUGUGCCUCCUGCUUGAAAGAUUUCCGUUCAAAGCAGGAUCUAGUCAAAUUGGACAUCAACGGCCUGCCUUAUGGACUUUGCGCAUCUUGUGUGGCCAACGCUGGUUCAAAGAGCUCCAGCCCAACGAUGAAUGGAGGCAGGCAACAGCAGCAACAGGCGGGUGCCUCCACUCCAGCGCCAAACGCCGCUCAAUGGAUUCAGGGAGAGAGUCUCAGCCCAGGCGAAGGAAAAGGCAAAGCUGUCUCUUCGUCAUCAUCGUCCUCUUCCACAUCCUCAGCAGCGGCCACAAAAACACGGUGCUCGAGCUGCAAUGUGAAGUUUGAGACCGAGGCAGAAUUGCAGAACCAUGUCCAGAGUGUGCACGCAGGGGACAACAGCAGCGGGCAGCUAAAGACACCCCAAAUGUCCCCUAUGCCCAGAUCCAGUCCAUCACAAACUGAAGAGAAGAAGACAUACCAGUGCAUCAAAUGUCAGAUGGUCUUCUACAGCGAAUGGGACAUCCAAGUUCAUGUGGCCAACCAUAUGCUUGGCCGAGUGCCAGCCCGGAUUGCUGGCUGGCUGUGGCAAGGUCAACGUCGGAGGAAAAACCAGUUACUGUGUUACUCUGGAGCGGAAUGGAGAGAGGGGCGGCCAUCUGUCAGCUCGGGCCUGCCAUACCCGCAGAGCAAAUGGACACGGGCGACCAGAGGAGAGGCCACAGACACCCAUAGAGCCAAACCCAAGGAGGGCUUGAACCACGAAUGCAAACUGUGCAGCCAGUCGUUCGACUCGCCAGCUAAGCUUCAGUGCCAUCUGAUCGAACACAGCUUCGAAGGGAUGGGCGGAACCUUCAAGUGUCCUGUCUGCUUCACAGUGUUCGUGCAGGCCAACAAGCUCCAGCAGCACAUCUUCUCCGCUCAUGGGCAAGAGGAUAAGAUCUACGACUGCUCUCAGUGUCCUCAGAAGUUUUUCUUCCAGACGGAAUUACAGCAGCGCAAGAAGUGGAGGCUCCUGGUGUUUGCCGCGUGUCCACUUUGCACGUUUCUCCCCGACACCUUGGCCCCUCGUCUCUCGCCGCCGUGGCAGGGGUCAAAAGGGCGUCGAGCAGACGCCCACAGGACACCUUACCUUAAUUGGAGUAGCUUCCGGAAGGAUUCCUUCUCCGGCAAUCCCGACAUCCUUAAUGAGUGCCGCAAGUGA